CUAUCGUUUUAGCCAAAACAAAGACAAGAUGGGUGCCUACAAGUACAUGACCGAGCUCUGGAAGCGCAAGCAGUCGGAUGUCCUCCGCUUCUUGAACCGCGUCCGCGCCUGGCAGUACCGCCAGCUCCCGGUCGUGUACCGCCUCGUCCGCCCGUCGCGCCUCGACAAGGCCCGCCGCCUCGGCUACAAGGCCAAGCAGGGCUACGUCGCUGUCCGCGUCGCCGUCCGCCGCGGUGGCCGCAAGCGCCCAACUCGAAGGGUAUCGUCUACGGUAAGCCGAAGCACCACGGUAUCAACGAGCUCAAGUUCGCCCGCAACCUCCGCUCGGUGGCCGAGGAGCGCGCCGGUGCCCGCUUCACCAACUUGCGCGUCCUCAACUCGUACUGGGUCAACCAGGACGCGACGUACAAGUACUUCGAGGUCAUCCUUGUCGACCACUCGCACAAGGCCAUCCGCCGCGAUGCCCGCAUCAACUGGAUCGUCAACGCCGUCCACAAGCGCCGCGAAAAGCGUGGCCUUACGUCGGCUGGCCGCCAGGCCCGUGGCCUCCGCCAGCGUGGCCACAAGGCCAACAAGAUCCAGGGCUCGUCGCGCCGUGCCAACUGGAAGCGCCGCAACACCACGUCGCUCCGCCGCUACCGUUAAACGGGUCGCUGCUGAGCUGCCUCUGGUCGUCGCUGCUGCUCGUCUUCGAGACACAAUACUGGGUCGCUUGAUCAACUGCGUCGUGCGAAUCGUCGUAUAAUAUCAAUGGGUCCUGUUUUGGCUUUACACUUCAU